UCGCGCUCUGACUGUGCGAAUUUACUAAUGUCUUGCUUGUUUGGAGGCGUUCCUUCGUAAUGCACUUUGUUUAGGAUUAACCGUGAACUGGCAUGUGCUGGGCCGAGUCCUGACUCCGCUCCGGAACCACAAUUUACGCGUCUUCCCCGUCCGCCCAAACCACAUCACACUCCGCUCAAAAGUCACGCAAAUCUGGGCCAGUGUGCGUGACCAUGGCCUCUGCGAAGAGUGUCCUGGAGGUGAGUUUUCGUUGUUUCCGGAAACAUGAUGAAUGUGAUGAGCGUCUGGGGCGACCAUACCAUGCAGGUGGCAGUUAUGCCAGGGCUUUAACAGCGACGCUAGCGAAGCUGGGUGACGGGAUGCACCGACCGCUCGCCAGCGGUAAACCCCGAUGGACACCGGGAGAAAUGAGACCAGCAUUCCAUCUGUUUGGUCUCCUGUGGUGUAUAUAUCUAGAGUGGUGGCCAUGUAGGAAGUCCAUCUUCAUGAAUGCAAGGGUGGUCUCCCGUAGAACGCUGACAUCCUGCUUGGGACGUCCCGUUUGGGGGUGCAGGUAUCGCCGAACUAUGCGCUUGUAUUGUCAUGCGUCCUCAUGGUCGCCACGAACCGGAGGACACAACACACACCGAUCCCUCAGUUGUUCAUAUCUAACUUACCUACGAUGGGAUCAACAAAGCGGUAUUUCAUACACGCAGACCUGGGGCGAAUUGCAACUUGGGCAAGCGACAUGGUGACGGACGCGUCGUGAGAACUCGAGCCCUGGUUUUUUGGAGUUUUCCCACCGCUACCACCCACCAGACUACAGUAAAUAGAGGGAUCG